CUUAGGUUGAUUCGUUGAGUUCAAACGUACACCCUGUAAAUAACACGAUUGUUAGGGAAUUAUAGGUUUGUUGACCUUAAAUAAAUCGAUGGAACCCGAACUAACAACGAUUGGUGAAUCCAAAUUUCUGUGAGUAUAAAUUGCUCACGAUCAAAUGCAAUCACAUUCCACACGAAAUCACAACGUAAUCUGAAGAAUGGAAGUCAAGCUGUUGUUUGUGCCGGUCCUACUUGUUGUUUUUCACCUUGUACUGUGUGCGAGUAUUCAUGAGCAUUGUAGUCAGCCGCUGCAAAUAGGAAAAGGCAACGCAAAUCUAGCGAGAUUCUACUAUGACAAAUCCAAGAAUCAAUGUUUUCAAUUUUUCUACAAAGGACUUAAUGGCAAUCAAAACAAUUUCCGAACGAAAAUUGCAUGUGAACGGUAUUGUGUGGUGAAAAAACGCAAAUAGCAUAAAUCAGCGAAGAAACUUAUCACGGUUGAUGUUGCAAACUGAAGUAACGAACAUGACAUUAUUAAACAUUAAAAUAAAUCUGC